CCUCCUUACAAAUAUAAACACUAAAGGCAACACAAAACAAACCGUUUUGAACGUAAGGAAUAUUGAACAAAAAUAAUAAACUGCAUUGUAAGUGAGCUUUUUAAGAAAUGGAAAUCUCUAGCUCAUUGCUGUUGGUCAUAGUCUUGGCCGUAUUGAUGUUGGUGAUGUGGUGGAGGAAGACAAGUGGACUUUCUUUACCACCAGGGCCGAUGGCACUGCCACUGAUUGGUAACAUACUUUUGAUGGACAACAGGGCACCCUUCAAAAGCUUUACAAAGUGGAGUAAAACUUAUGGUCCUGUGAUGACGGUGUACCUCGGGCCACGGAGAACCGUGGUUCUGGUCGGUUAUGACACUGUGAAAGAGGCUCUAGUGGAUCAUGCAGAUGACUUUGCAUCCAGGGCUCCAAUUCCUUUCCUCUACAGAGUUUUAAAUGGCUAUGGUCUGGUUAUUAGUAACGGAGAACGUUGGCGUCAGCUGAGGCGUUUCACUCUCACCACACUUAGAGAUUUUGGGAUGGGGCGAAAGAGAAUGGAACAGUGGAUUCAAGAAGAGAGCAGACACUUUCUGAAAAGUUUUGAAGAAACCAAAUCUGAACCAGUUGACCCAGCGUUCUUUGUGAGUCGGGCCGUGUCCAAUGUGAUUUGUUCCUUGGUGUUUGGACAGCGAUUUGAAUAUAAAGACAAAAACUUUCUGCAUUUGCUCCAGAUCCUCUCCAGAAUUCUGCGCUUUAUUAGCAGCUCUUCCGGUCAGAUGUACAAUGUCUUCCCUCGUCUAAUGGACCUUUUACCUGGCCGUCAUCAUGUCAUGUUUAAAGAGGUUGAAGACAUCAAAAACUUUGUUCUGGGUAAGAUCAGUGAGCAUGAACUCAACUUAGACCUCCAAGACCCACAAGACUUUAUCGACUGCUUUCUUAUCAAACUUAAACAGGAGAAGGACAAUCUUGACACAGAAUUCCACAAAAAUAACUUGUGGGCGACUGUUGCUAAUCUGUUUCUAGCCGGUACAGAGACCACCAGCACAACGAUCAGAUACACCCUAAUGCUGCUUAUUAAGCACCCACACAUACAGGGGGAAAUGCAGAAGGAGAUUGAUCAAGUUAUUGGACGGGACAGAAUCCCUACAAUGGAGGACAGGAAGUCCCUCCCCUUCACUGAUGCUGUGAUUCAUGAAGUUCAGCGAUAUCUGGACAUUGUUCCCCUCAGUGUUCCCCAUUAUGCUACACGUGACAUCACAUUCAGAGGUUAUGUGAUUCCAAAGGACACAGUGAUUAUUCCCUUGUUGCACUCUGUCCUAAGGGAUGAGGGACAUUGGGAAACACCUUGGACAUUUAACCCUGAGCACUUCCUGGAUGCCAAUGGCAAUUUUAAAAAGAGUCCAGCAUUUUUGCCAUUUUCUGCAGGUAAACGCUCUUGUGUGGGAGAGUCUCUGGCUCGUAUGGAGCUAUUUCUGUUUAUUGUGUCUCUACUUCAGAAGUUCAGCUUCAGUAGUCCAGAAGGUCCAGAUGGCGUAGACCCAAGUCCUGAACUCAGCGGCUUCGCCAACAUGCCUCGAUACUAUAAGUUAAUUGCCUCCCCACGCUGACCAACAUCGAUAUUGGAGCUUGCCUAACUAUGUCUUUUGUAAAAAGAGCCUAAUCACAAUCAACACUGAACACAAGUUGUUUAUCUUUUAAAGCUUUUCAUCUUUUUCACAGCCCAUUUUUACCAAUAUUGGUUUAAAUGUUAAUUAAAGCUGAUGUAAACAGUCUGUCAAUAGAGAUGUACACUCACCGGCCACUUUAUUAGGUACACCUGUCCAACUGCUCGUUUAUGCAAAUUUUUAAUCAGCCAAUCACAUGGCACCAACUCAAUGCAUUUAGGUCAAUGCAAUCUGUUGCAGUUCAAACCGAGCGUCAGAAUGGGGAAGAAAGGUGAUUUAAGUGACUUUGAAAGUGGCAUGGUUGUUGGUGCUAGACGGGCUGGUCUGAGUAUUUCAGAAACUGCUGAUCUACUGGGAUUUUCACACACAACCAUCUCAAGGGUUUACAGAGAAUGGUCCGAAAAAGAGAAAAUAUCCAGUGAGUGGCAGUUCUGUGGGCGCAAAUGCCUUGUUGAUGCCAAAGGUCAGAGAAAAAUGGCCAGCCUGGUUUGAGCUGAUAGAAAGGCAACAGUAACUCAAAUAACCACUCGUUACAACCCAGAUUUGCAGAAGAGCAUCGCUGAACGCACAACACGUCGAACCCUGAGGUGGAUGGGCUACAGCAGAAGAAGACCACACCGGGUGCCACUGACUAGGGAUGGGUAUUGUUAUGGGUUUUUUCGAUACCGGUGCCAAAUUGAUACUUUUAAAAUGGUUCCGGUGCCUAAAGCGAUACUUUGAAAAAAGGAGUCACAAAAAGACGGUGGAUGAAAGUACAUCAUAAAACAAUGAAAAUUCUUCUCUGUUUGUCAUAAUUUGUUUAUUAAUGAUUUUCCUAAAGCACCAUCAUCUUUUAAGACUUGCAUUCUUGAUUUCUUCUUUAUGAGAUUUUUGAUUUGUGAAUUAAAUAAAAUCUUCUCAACACUCCA